GUGCUUGCAGUUGUCGCACUUCUGUUUAACGUGUGUUGAAUAGGUCAAACGACCUCUUGCUCUGUCAAAGAUGUCUCGGUGCCUGAAAUUGUUCAAAUUCGCUUUGAAUUCUUCUCGAAGGGCCAACUCCAGACUCCUGUCUUCUGGACGAGGAUUGGGUAGUAGGACUGUAGGACCAUUCAGUGAAGAUGCCCAUGUCAGGCAGCAGCAGAAACAUUGGUCCAGAAGUGGCAUGUGGAACCCCAGCCACCCAGGCCUUGGUCUCACCCAGUGUUCCUACUACAGCACCAAGGAAGCUGAGAGAGUCCCUCAGGAUACAGACAAGGAUCUAGAAGCUGAGAAAGCUCCUGCGACAGAGAAGGUUGAGGAAGUAGAGAAUAUUCAAGAGGCAGAGGAUAAAGCUCCUGAAGAAGAACCCCUGCACACAAUCAUCCAAGACACAGAGAAUGUCCAAGGCACCUUUUCCAAGCAUGAGUUCCAGGCUGAGACCAAGAAACUCUUGGACAUUGUUGCUAGAUCUCUGUACUCUGAGAAGGAGGUGUUCAUCCGUGAGCUGAUCUCCAAUGGCAGUGACGCCCUGGAGAAGCUGCGCCACAAGCUGAUAACAGGAGGGGGAGACACGGCCCCCAUGGAGAUCCACCUACAGACGGACCAGGCCAAGGGCACCUUCACCAUCCAGGACACAGGAGUUGGGAUGAACCAAGAGGAGCUGGUGGCCAACCUGGGGACUAUCGCUCGUUCUGGAUCCAAGGCUUUCCUGGAUUCUCUGCAGAGCCAGGCGGAGGCCAGCAGCUCUAUCAUUGGUCAGUUUGGUGUGGGCUUCUACUCUGCCUUCAUGGUGGCUGACCGUGUGGAUGUCUACUCUCAGUCAGCCGAGCCCAGCAGCCCCGGAUACAAGUGGUCCUCUGAUGGGUCUGGAGUGUUUGAGAUAGCUGAGGCAAGUGGGGUCAGACCAGGCACUAAGAUAGUGCUGCACCUCAAGGAUGACUGCAAGGAGUUCUCUGCUGAGGACAGAGUCAAAGAGGUGGUGACCAAAUACAGCAACUUUGUCAGUUUCCCUGUCUUCCUGAACGGACGACGACUCAACACUCUCCAGGCCCUGUGGAUGAUGGAACCCAAGUCCAUCAGUGAGUGGCAGCACGAGGAGUUCUACCGCUACGUGGCUCAGUCGUAUGACAAGCCCCGUUACACACUGCACUACCGCGCUGACGCCCCCGUCAACAUCCGCUCCAUCUUCUACGUCCCAGACGUGAAGCCGUCCAUGUUUGACGUGAGCAGAGAGAUGGGCUCCAGUGUGGCUCUGUACAGCAGGAAGGUUCUCAUCCAGACCAAGGCCACGGAAAUCCUGCCAAAGUGGCUGCGCUUUCUUAGAGGUGUGGUGGACAGUGAGGAUAUCCCAUUGAACCUGAGCAGAGAGCUGCUGCAGGAGAGCACCCUCAUCAGGAAGCUGAGGGACGUUCUACAGCAGCGUAUCAUCAAGUUCCUGAUGGACCAGAGUAAGAAGGAACCUGAGAAAUACGCCAAGUUCUUUGAGGACUAUGGCCUGUUCAUCAGGGAGGGUAUCGUCACCACGCAGGAGCAGGACGUCAGGGAGGACAUCGGCAAGCUGUUGAGGUUUGAGUCUUCAGUGCUACCCCCGGGCCAGCAGACCAACCUGAAGGAGUACGGCUCCCGUAUGAAGGCCGGGACACGUAACAUCUACUACCUGUGUGCCCCAAACCGACACCUGGCUGAACACUCCCCCUACUUUGAGGCCAUGAAGCAGAAAGACAUGGAGGUGCUGUUCUGCUAUGAGCAGUUUGACGAGCUCACCCUCCUGCACCUCAGAGAGUUUGACAAGAAGAAGCUGAUCUCUGUGGAAACAGACAUUGUGGUGGACCACUACAAGGAGGAGAAGUACCAGGACAGCAAGCCUGGUAAGACCCAUCUCUCUCUGACCAUGUCACUGAAUGCUGCGGGAAUUUACAUUCGAGGGGAAAUCCUUGCUUCCACUUAUGUCACAUUUUCACCUGAUCAUGGAUAUCAAUAACCGGGUUUCCAUCCA